AUGCAAUGUGCCCACGAAAUCAAUUACAUAUCCGCCUCAUGGCUAGGCCCUAAACCUUCCAAUUCCGAAGGACCCGAAAAAACCCAUCAACUUCCCGAAGAAAUCUAUGAAGCCAGGCUCAAAGAACUCGACAUCUUAUAUGAAGGAAAGGACCCGGUCCUGACCCGUGCGGCAGACUACCAGUGCUGCAUGACCCUCGGUCAGUUGAAAGCCGUGCUGGGAGCAUCCAUGGACGCAAGCAAGCUAGUCGAGGAAUUGGUCGAGAAAAAAGGCGCGAAAAGACUCGUCAUAAGCAGCAAAAACCUUCCCGAAAUUUUUGCGGGUUGGGUUAAUACCAUCAAGGGUCUCAAGGAGCCGGAGCGUGAUAUACGACUUAAGACUGCUGCUGGUGCUGCACGCCACACGAGGACGUUCCUCAAGAGAUACCUUGUGAACGGCGACACCAACGUAUUUAUACACCCCGACUCCAAGCCCGGGGAGUUCGAGAGUAUCAUUGCUGUCAUUGCAAUGAUAGCAGAGAGCAUUGAGAUCAUGCAGAGUCAAUAUAGAACGGGGAAGCUAGCUACUGGUGUGAAGCCUUUCAAGUCACGAUUUGUCCUCGAAACCUGUACGGCCUACAAAAAGGAGAUGAUUGCAAAAGGGUGGUGCCCUUUUGUACUUCGUAAACUUGAAAGUAUGACUGCGGUGGUAUACGCCAUGAACCACAAACCGGUACCUUCACUCAAUGGCCAUCAAAAUUGCACUGAACUACGUUGCGAGGGUAACGUGGUCAGAGGGGACACUUCUGCUGAGCAUUACCCCCGGGACUGUUGUUGUGGGAAUAUAAAGCCUCCAUUUAAGGAGGUACUUCAAUCUCUUGAUCUGAAAACAGAGAGUAUUCCUGUCUUGAAACUCCAUCCAGCAGCCAAUAAUGGGAACGAAGACCGCUUGAAAGUUGGGAAAAUCACGAAAGAUUCGAAAGACAUUUACGUUGCGGUUUCUCAUGUAUGGUCGGAUGGGCUUCGAGGCACCACGAAAGACGGAUUACCGACAUGUCAGCUCGAAAGAAUUGACAAAAUGGUUCGUGAGAUCGCACCUGAGGGGGACGGUGCGUUCUGGGUGGAUGCAAUUUGUAUCCCCGAUGACAAGAGAGAAGAAGGAAUCCGAUUGAUGGGGAAAACAUAUAAAGGGGCAGCAAAGGUUUUGGUAAUCGACGCCGGAAUACGUGGAUUAUCCACGAAGGCACCACACGAAAAAAAGCUGCUGCGGAUUUUGACGUCAGUUUGGAUGCAGAGACUUUGGACUCUACAGGAAGCAAUCUAUGCUAAAGAAAUGGUUUUCGAAUUUCGCGACGGACUCGUACCAGCCUCUGAAAUACUUCCUGAAAAGAUGACUUCUCUCCAGGGUCACCUAGCUAUCGACUUGUACCAACUGAAAAUGCAUAUGCCGGGUGCCAACCCUUACAGCAACAUUUGGGAUAUUUCUCGAGCGCUUGCCACAAGAGCUGCUGGUAGAGUAGAUGAUGAGACUCUUGCAGUUAUCGACCUGAUCCAUGACAAGGAAAUCAGCUCCUACGAAUUGGCGAAUAUCAAAUACCCCGAUUCAGAUAUACUUGCUGGAACACCCAAAAGACAGGCUCAGACGAUAAAGUCUUUCUGGGAAGCCAAACAGAGAAUGAAAACCUUUUUGAUGAAGAUUCCCGAACUUCCUAGGAAUACUCCUUUCUUGAUAGGUCCAAAACUCCAAGACCCUGGUUUCCGCUGGGCGCCAGAGUCAUUCAUGACAACACAGGGAGUAAUGGAGGAUAUAACUCCGACGAAAGAACAUGUUACGGCUACAAAAGAUGGGCUCGAGUGUAAUCUCAUGUGCUUCGAAUUUGAGGAGACUACUAUAAAAACCUCAGAGCCGAGGGGGGAUGAGAAGAAGAAACGGUGGUUAUUCCAAGCCAAGGAUGUCAAUGAAAAAGAUGUCUUCUAUGAGAUGCUGAUUAAGACAUCGGAUGCUCCAUUCUCCUGCAAUACUUUCAUGAUACCUUAUACACUUAACCCCGGGGAUAAGGCCUACUGCAUUGUUGGGAUGUUGGAGAAGGGUACUGGGAAGGAGAACGCCUGUGAAAACGGUUCAACGAGGUAUAAUUGCAGAUACAAAGGAUUAAUCACUCUAUUAGCCUUGAGAAAACCCCCGACAGAUGGACUCAUCAAAGCGGCCAGCGCCAAACUCAACUUGUGUCUGACGUGA